AUGGCUAUGGAGAUUGAGAGAGAAUCAAUGACAACUGAGGCUCCUAAUGCACCUGUUACUACUCAGAGAAAGGUUAGAACCGACUUGGAAACCACUCUUCCAAAGCCAUACAUGCCUAGAGCAUUGACAGCUCCUGAUACAAGUCACCCAAAUGGAACACCAGGCCACAAGCACAACGACAUGACUGUUCUUCAACAGCAUUGUGCUUUUUUUGAUCAAGAUGGUAAUGGAAUCAUUUACCCUUGGGAAACUUACAUGGGGUUUCGUGCUCUUGGAUUUAAUGUGAUUCUAUCAGUUAUUAUGGCUAUGACCAUCAAUCUUUCAAUGAGUUAUCCCACUCAGCCUCACUGGUUUCCUUCACUUCUGUUUCCUAUUUACAUACACAACAUGCAUAGAGCAAAACAUGGAAGUGACUCUGGUGCAUAUGACACAGAAGGACGUUAUGUACCAGCAAAUCUUGAGAACAUAUUUAGCAAGUAUGCUAAAACUGAACCUGACAAGCUGACACUUGGAGAGAUUUGGAACAUGACUGAGGGAAACAGAAAUGCAUUAGAUCCAUUUGGCUGGAUUGCUGGUAAAUUGGAAUGGGGGGUUCUGUAUUAUAUUGCUAAGGAUGAAGGUGGGUUUUUGGCUAAAGAAGCUGUUAGAAGAUGCUAUGAUGGUAGCUUAUUUGAGUACUGUGCUAAAAUGAAUGCAGCAAAUAAAGAUGAAGCAAAGAUGGGUUGA